GGAAUUCUGCUCUGUGGGGAGCUGGAGCCCGGCCUGCCGACCUGCUCCUCACCUGGACAGGUGCCUCAUCCUCCCAGCUGACCACACAGCCAGCCUGCAGAGUGGCCCUCGGGGGACACCAGCCCUUCUCUGCCACUGCUGAAGGGACACUUGCCCCUGCCCCGGCCCUGGCCAUGGCUGUACAGGUGCCCCUGUGGCACCACUACCUGCAGGCCAUCCGGUCGCGGGAGGUGUCCCGCAUGCAGGACUUCCAGCGUGCGGAGAACGUGCUGCUCACGGUGCUGGAGCGCGUGCAUGCCCUGGACCCACGCUUCAUCGUGGACUACUCCCGUGACCUGGAAGCCUUCCAGUUUGCCCUGCGCUCCUCAGAGGACCCGCUGGACAUGGAGGUGCCCAUGUGGGUGGAUGCUGAGGCUCUCCUGAUCGAGGAACCUGGAGCUGCUGAGCCAGGGGACGGCCCCGCAUCCUGCCGCCUGGGCAUCCCCAGAGAAGUGGCUGGCAUGGAGCAGUGGACGACAGAUGACGUCUUCAGCGUCUCCUCAGAGGACAACACCAAGUGCCGCGGCCACAUUGUGCCCAGCAAGGUCCUGCGUGUCCUCAAGGACCUGCUGGUGGCUGCCAUUGUCCACUGCAAGCAUCACAGCCUCCUCAGCCCAGGUUCACUGAACGCGGCCAGCCUGCGGGAUGAGCAGCUCCACCUGUCCCUGCUGGUGUCCAGUGGCUGGAGAACGAUCCGCUUCAACGUCGUGCCUGUGGUGAGGAGGAAGCACAGGGUGCCCGCGCUGGAGAGGGCCCGGCUGACACCGGGAUUCCCCGAGGGCAGCUUGAAGAGGAUCACCAGCCAAGGGGUGGACCUGGUGCCAGCCAGCGCCCAGCACUGGAGGAUCUCCACAGACUACCUGCUCAGCAGGCUGCUCGGAGCGCUGGGCUCCCUCCAAGGCCACCGCCUGGACAGCCUCUCCAUCCUCGACCGGGUGAAUCACGAGAGCUGGCGAGACGGCGGCCAGAGUGAUGGCCUGACCUUCGGCCACCUGAAGACGGUGCUGCUGUGGGCCUCGGUGCUCUUCCCGGCUCCCGAGGACUGGGCCGAGCUGCAGGGCGCCGUGUACCGCCUGCUGGUGGUACUGCUCUGCUGCCUGGCCACCAGGAACCUGCCCCACUUCCUGCACCCGGAGUGCAACCUGCUGCAGUGCGGCCUGGACCUGCACGCCAUCUACCAGCGCGUGGAGGGCUUCGCCAGCCAGCCUGAGGCCUCCCUGCGCAUCCACGUCACCCACCUGGGCCGCAGCCCCCCACCGCGCAUCGACAACGGGGUCAAGGCGCUGCUGCAGCUGCCUGCCAGUGACCCCGCCUACUGGGCCACUGCCUACUUUGAUGUCCUGCUGGAUAAGUUCCAGGUCUUCAACAUCCAGGACAAGGACCGGGUCUCGGCCAUGCAGAGCAUCUUCCACAAGACCAAGACUCUGGGCAGCAAGGAGAGCUGAGCUGGGUCACCCAGUGUCUGCCCCCACAGCCCUUCUGUCCCCUAACACAGGAGACUCCUGGGACAUAUGAAGAAGGGCAGGGGCUUCUCCCUUAGGUGGCUGGUGGAGGGAUUUUGUCACCGCAGACCACGCUCAGACUGUCCAGGAUGGCCUGGUGGGAGUCCAACAGUGCCAGGCAGCACGGGUCUUGUGGAGCAGCUGCCUUGACGCUGGGGUGAGGGCUGGGACGAAGGUGCCAUGUGCUCCACGUGAUGCGUGUUGAUCCAUGCCAUGUCUGCGUGAGACCUGGAGUCUGAGGGCCCGUCCCUGCCUGCACCGUGCACUGCUCCUUGGCGAUAAAAUACUAUAGAUUUGAAUAAAUUGAUGCCCUGGUCUACACAGCA